GUAAUUUUUACGUCGGUUUUUCCAGUUCAUGAUGGAUGCAUCUAUGCUAUUGGCUGAUUCGGGUCUUCUUUUAUGUGCUCCAAUGUACAUAACUAAAUGAAAUGUGAUCUCAACAUUGACUAGGCUGCUGAUGCUGUCUUCUACAAUGGAGAAACUAUUUCAACCCGUACAACUGCUUUUGAUUCUCUCCAGUUGUGUGGCUGUACCAUCAGAAGACUGCAUGGCUGGUUGGUUUGGUACCAAAUGUCAGUAUCUAUGUCAUUGUAAGAAUAAAAUGGCAUGCGAUGUCAAUGGUCAGUGUGCAACAGGAUGUGACAUUGGUUGGUUUGGUACUGGAUGUCAGUAUGUGAACCUGGCGACAUUACCGGAUGUCCUAGUUACUAUGACACCUACACAAGCAACAACAACAUGGCUGACAGAUGGAGAUGAUACCACGUGCAACGGAAAUGGAGAUAUUACAUCACUACAAAUUUCUUGGAGCACAUCUUACCCACUUACUUGGUUAAGGAUGAAAGUCAAAAAUACUUGUAAGUAA